UCAUAUUAAUAUUCAAUGACGACCAUGUCAGCGUCAGCGGAAAGAUGAUAUAUUCCUUUUUGAUGUUCUAACAUACAAUUGCAAUGUCCAAGAAGAAAGGUUUGAGCGUUGAAGAGAAAAGAUCCCGCAUGAUGGAUUUUUUCUUUGAAAAAAAAGACUUCUUCACUCUAAAAGAGUUAGAGAGGAUGUGUCAGAAGGAAAAAGGGAUCACCUCCAUGUCUGUCAAGGACAUUCUCACCAGUCUUGUUGAUGAUGCCAUGGUCGACACGGACAAGAUUGGCACCUCAGUCUACUUCUGGGCGUUCCCUAGUAAGGCCAGUCAAAAUAGAAAGAGAAAAAUCUGUGAUCUGACCAAUCAACUGGAGGAGUUGGAGAGUAAGAAGGCAGCAUUGACAGUGUCUGUGUCUAAAGCCAAAGUUGGCAAGGAAGAAAAUGAGGACCGAUCAGAUUUGUUGUUGGAGCUUGCAGAGAGGAGGGAAGAAAAGUCCUGUCUGAUGUCAGAACUGGAGCUUUACAGGGAAUGUGACCCCGAAGUUCUACAAGAAGUUCAGAACCAUACAGCCGUUGCCAAGGAGGCAGCCAAUCGAUGGACAGAUAAUGUGUUUUCCAUCAAGUCCUGGAUUAAACGGAAGUUCUCCUUUGAGGAAAGUGUUAUAGACAAACAAUUUGACAUCCCAGAGGAUUUUGAUUAUGUUGAAUGACUUUUAUUUUUGUUCUUUUUACAAUAAAUUAUUAAUAACUGAA